AUGACAUUGUUGAAGAUAUUUAUACCAGAAGGGGUGGACCAUCAACAGGGGAAGCUCACAGUGGUAAAGGAGUUCCUGGUUUCCCCAUCAAGGGAUGGACAGCAGAUUCGCAUUCCUGGUGGUGACCUGCUUGUAGAAGCUGGGCUCAUGGUGAAUGCACAAUUGUUGAUUGUGAAUCAACACGGCCCCGAGGCAGACAGGCACUUACUACGCUGUCUAUUCUCGCAUGUGGAUUUUAGUGGCGAUGGUAAAAGCAGUGGUAAAGACUUCCAUCAGACGCAGUUUCUGAUUCAGGAGUGUGCAUCGCUGAUCACAAAACCAAAUUUUGUUUCAACAUUGUGCUACGCUGUUGACAAUCCAUUGCACUAUCAGAAGAGUCUGAAACCUUCACCACACCUGUUUGCACAACUAAGUAAAGUUCUGAAGUUAAGUAAGGUCCAAGAGGUGAUUUUUGGGCUUGCUUUACUUAACUCUUCCAUCAGUGAUCUGCGAGGCUUUGCUGCCCAGUUUGUGAAACAGAAACUUCCUGACCUUUUACGCUCUUACAUCGACGCAGACGUUAGUGGUAGUCAAGAAGGUGGCUUCCAAGAUAUUGCGAUAGAGGUCCUGCACCUCCUCCUUUCCCAUCUACUCUUUGGGCAGAAGGGAGCUUUUGGGGUUGGACAGGAACAGAUUGACGCAUUCCUCAAGACACUUCGCCGAGAUUUUCCACAGGAGCGUUGCCCUGUGGUGCUUGCACCACUACUGUACCCUUUAAAACGGGACAUUCUGAUGGAGAGAAUCCUGCCAGAUUCUGGAGGGAUUGCAAAGACCAUGAUGGAUAGCUCGUUGGCAGACUUCAUGCAAGAAGUGGGCUAUGGCUUUUGUGCAAGUGUUGAAGAAUGCCGCAAUAUUAUCAUUCAGUUUGGAGUUCGGGAGGUCACUGCUGCCCAAGUGGCUAGAGUUCUUGGGAGAAUGGCUCGCACUCACUCAGGGUUACCAGAUGGCAUUGCUUUACAGUCUAUUUCAACCCAUAAUACUGGGCUUUGGAGUGAAGGAAAGGAUAAGAGUGAUGGAGCACAGGCCCACACUUGGAAUGUGGAGGUUCUGAUAGAUGUUGUCAAGGAGUUGAAUCCUAAUUUAAAUUUCAAAGAAGUUACCUACGAAUUGGACAACCCUGGAUUUCAAAUCCUUGACAGCAAGGGCCUGCAGAUAGUGGUAUAUGGAAUCCAGAGAGGGCUUGGCAUGGAUGUUUUUCCAGUUGAUCUAAUCUACCGACCAUGGAAACAUGCAGAGGGCCAGCUUUCAUUCAUCCAACAUUCUCUCUUAAACCCGGACAUCUUUUGUUUUGCUGACUACCCCUGUCACACAGUUAACACAGAUAUCCUUAAAGCACCACCUGAAGAUGAUAAUAGGGAAAUUGCCACGUGGAAGAGUUUGGAUCUCAUCGAGAGCCUGUUGAGGCUGGCUGAGGUGGGGCAGUACGAUAACGUCAAGCAGCUCUUCAACUUCCCCAUCAAACACUGCCCGGACAUGCUAGUGCUAGCUUUACUUCAGAUUAACACAUCCUGGCACACCCUACGCCAAGAGCUCAUUUCUACACUAAUGCCAAUCUUUUUGGGAAACCACCCGAACUCUGCUAUUAUUUUACAUUAUGCAUGGCAUGGCCAGGGUCAGUCUCCUUCAAUCCGGCAGCUGAUCAUGCAUGCAAUGGCAGAGUGGUAUAUGCGGGGAGAGCAGUAUGACCAAGCAAAGCUUUCUCGUAUUUUGGAUGUGGCCCAAGAUUUAAAAGCCUUAUCAAUGCUGCUAAAUGGUACUCCAUUUGCCUUUGUAAUUGACCUCGCUGCACUGGCUUCUCGUCGAGAAUACCUCAAACUUGACAAGUGGCUGACAGAUAAAAUAAGAGAACAUGGGGAGCCUUUUAUCCAGGCAUGUGUGACCUUUCUGAAAAGACGCUGCCCUUCUAUUAUGGGUGGUCUGGCAACAGAUAAAGACCAGCCCAAAAGUUCUCAACUUCCUCCAGAAACGUUGGCAACUAUGUUGGCAUGUUUACAGGCCUGUGCAGGGAGCGUUUCCCAGGAGGUGUCGGAAACUAUCCUCACUAUGGUGGCAAAUUGCAGUAAUGUGAUGAACAAAGCCAGGCAACCACCACCUGGAGUCAUGCCCAAAGGUCGACCACCUAGCACCAGCAGCUUGGAUGCAAUUUCCCCUGUGCAGAUUCAGACUGGACAUUUGCUCAGAUACGAGUUCAGGGGGUUAUUGUCUAAACUUGAAAAAAGUGGCUUAGGUACAAGCAGUCUAACUAGCAUGGCGACUGGUGGACUUGGACUUCCAGCUGUCAACAGUGAUGCCUUUGGACAAAGGAAAAUAAGCACAUCUGCACUGAACCCACCUACAUUCCAGCAGAGUAAGAUGAAAACGUCUGACUUGUCUCAAGUGUGGCCAGAAGCAAAUCAGCACUUUACAAAGGAGAUCGACGAUGAAGCAAAUAGCUACUUCCAACGAAUUUAUAAUCACCCUCCACACCCUACAAUGUCUGUUGAUGAGGUACUUGAAAUGUUGCAAAGAUUUAAAGAUUCCAGUAUCAAACGAGAGAGAGAGGUGUUCAAUUGUAUGUUACGAAAUCUGUUUGAAGAAUACCGCUUCUUUCCACAAUAUCCAGAUAAAGAACUGCACAUCACAGCUUGCCUUUUUGGUGGAAUAAUCGAAAAGGGACUUGUCACUUACAUGGCGUUGGGGCUGGCUUUGCGCUAUGUACUUGAAGCUCUGCGUAAACCUUAUACUUCUAAAAUGUAUUACUUUGGCAUUGCUGCACUUGAUAGAUUUAAAAAUAGAUUGAAGGAUUAUCCCCAGUAUUGUUCGCACUUGGCCUCUAUUCCUCACUUUUUACAGUUUCCUCAUCACUUACAGGAAGUAAGUUAUUUUACUAUAUUUUUUUCAGAUCCAAAUAGAGCUAAUGUUGAAAGAUCUACUGAAUUUAGAUUUCAGAAAUCAACAUUCCAGCCACCUAUGAAUAAGUAUGUAGCAACAUUUCAACAAGCGGUACUAAGGGAUCUCCAUUUUCCACCUUUUGAAUCCCAGAUUCUGCAAGAAAAUAUCAAUUCUACUGAAAAGAAGGCUCUGAUGGAACUCAAAGAAAAUAACAAGAUUGUUAUACUCCAAGCAGAUAAGGGUGGAGCGGUGGUCAUUUUGGAUAUGGAUUAUUAUAUUCAGGAAGGCCUUCCUCAGUUAUCUGACACUAGAUGUUAUAUGUCUAUGGGCAUAGAUCCCACACCUAAAUUCAAAAAAGAAAUUGAUGCCUUUAUCGACAGAGCUGUUGAAGAGGGUAUCAUCUCCCGCAGUAUAGCCCAACAUUUAACAGUCACUGAUCCAUCCAAACAAAUAUUAUACUUGCUUCCCAAAAUACAUAAAUCUCUUACAUCGCUACCUGGUAGACCGAUUGUUUCAGGGCACGGCUCACUCAUGGAACCACUAUUGGCAUUUCUAACACAGCAGUUAAAACCUCUAUUGAAAUAUGUGAGAGCCAGGAUCCAAGAUACCACACAAUUCUUACAAAUUAUCCAGGAUACACAAAUUGAAUCACAGUGGUUAUUGUGCACACUGGAUGUUAGAUCCCUUUACACCAGUAUACCACAUUGGGCAGGCUUGCAAGCUUUACAAUUUUGGUUAGAGAAAGCCGACUUAUACCCACCAGGUUUCAAUACAUUAAUCAUCUGUAUGUCCGAACAUGUACUGAAUAAAAACAUUCUGUAUUUUCAAGGGGAAUGUUAUUGGCAACUCCAGGGGGCAGCUAUGGGAGCAUCUUUUGCACCCAUUUAUGCUGACCUAUUCAUGGCCUACCUGGAGGAAUGCCUUAUUUAUAAUCCAUCACACAAUAUCUACAUGGUGGAAAUGGAUAUAUGGCGCAGGUACUUGGAUGACUGCUGGAUGGUGUGGCAUGCAGAUUCAGGGUAUUUACAUGAAUUUAUGGAAUAUCUUAGCAGUAACAUAUGGGGAAUUGAAUUUACGGUUACAUCCAACUUGAAUCAGAUUGACUUCCUUGAAGUUACUGUCUAUAGAAAUACUGAUAACACUCUUGGUACGAAGAUUCACUGUAAAUACCCACAAUAUAAUACGUUACUCCAUGCAUCUAGUACCGUCCGAAAUAUUCCCAAAUCCCAAUUUUUGAGGAUCAAACGCAUCAGCUCCUCUGCAAGGGAUUAUCAGGAUGCCACUAUUGAUCUAACUAAUAGAUUUUUAGAAAGGGGAUAUCGUCCAUUAGAUAUUCUAUCUGCCAGGAAUUGGUCGGGUCAACAGCAGAGAAGUCAAUUACUGGAAUACAGGGACCACUCACCCACUAUGCAUGAUUAUACUUUGAGAUUUGUUACCACAUAUGGUAGGAAUCAUCAGGUUCCUACCUACUUUCUGGCUCCUGUUUUUAAAAAAGUUGCAGAAGAUAUGUACAGCUGUAGUUUGGAUUUAAUAUGCUUAACUGUAAUGUACAUGGCUGUAACCAGCAUCACUGAAAGUAUUUUUAAUUUCCAGCCCUCCAUCAAUACUACUAACAUUGAUACGCUGCUGGUAGCAACAGAUCAAACGGAGAGGAUAGUAGAGCCACCAGAAAAUAUCCAGGAGAAAAUUGCUUUCAUUUUUAAUAAUCUUUCCCAGUCAAACAUGACACAGAAGGUCGAGGAGCUGAAGGAGACCGUGAAAGAGGAGUUUAUGCCAUGGGUGUCACAGUAUCUUGUCAUGAAGAGAGUCAGUAUAGAGCCAAACUUCCAUAGUCUGUAUUCAAAUUUUCUGGACACUUUGAAAAAUUCAGACUUCAAUAAAAUGGUUCUUGCUGAAACUUACAGAAAUAUUAAGGUGUUAUUGACCUCUGACAAAGCUGCAGCUAACUUCUCUGACCGCUCUUUGCUGAAGAACUUGGGCCACUGGUUGGGAAUGAUCACUUUAGCAAAAAAUAAGCCCAUUUUGCACACAGACUUGGACGUGAAAUCUUUGCUUUUGGAAGCAUAUGUGAAGGGACAGCAGGAGCUCCUGUAUGUUGUGCCAUUUGUUGCCAAAGUGUUAGAGUCCAGUAUCCGAAGUAUGGUUUUUCGACCUCCAAAUCCCUGGACAAUGGCAAUCAUGAAUGUAUUAGCAGAAUUACAUCUGGAAAAUGAUUUAAAGUUAAACCUCAAGUUUGAGAUUGAAGUGCUCUGCAAAAACCUGUCCUUGGACAUCAAUGAACUGAAGCCAGGGAACCUGCUUAAGGACAAAGAGAAACUGAAGCAUCUUGAUGAACAGUUGUCUGCCCCAAAGAAGGAUAUUAAACCCCCUCCUGAAGAAAUGCCAGCAGUUACAACAGCAGCCAGAAGACCCACUACUCAAAUCCUACAUAGCCAAAAGGAAGAGGUUUUCAUUUUGGUGCCACAGGAAUGGGCAGAACCCCAACAAAUCAGAGUUUCUUCAGUAACACCUGCGAGCACAACUACUUGCACUACUUCUGGUCCUCCCCAACCUCAGUUCAGUUACCACGAUAUCAAUGUAUAUUCAUUGGCGGGGCUGGCUCCCCACGUCACCAUUAACACUACUAUUCCUUUGUUUCAGGCCCACCCUCAGCUAAAGCAGUGUGUACGACAAGCAAUUGAAAGAGCAGUUCAGGAAUUGGUUCAUCCUGUGGUUGAUCGUUCUAUCAAGAUUGCUAUGACAACCUGUGAGCAGAUUGUUCGAAAAGACUUUGCCCUUGACUCUGAGGAAUCUCGCAUGCGAGUAGCAGCACAUCAUAUGAUGCGAAAUCUGACCGCAGGAAUGGCUAUGAUUACAUGCAGGGAACCUCUGCUAAUGAGCAUAGCAACAAACCUGAAGAAUAGUUUUGCCAGUGCAUUGAGGACUGCAUCCCCACAACAGCGAGAAUUGAUGGAAACCGCUGCUGGCCAGAUAGCACAAGACAAUUGUGAGUUGGCCUGUUGCUUCAUCCAGAAGACGGCAGUAGAAAAGGCAGGCCCUGAAAUGGACAAGAGACUGGCAACUGAAUUUGAACUGAGAAAGCAUGCAAGACAAGAAGGUCGUCGGUAUUGUGAUCCAGUUGUGCUGACAUACCAGGCAGAGCGGAUGCCAGAGCAGAUACGAUUAAAGGUUGGGGGUGUGGAUCCUAAACAGCUGGCUGUUUAUGAGGAAUUUGCACGCAAUGUACCUGGUUUCCUUCCAAGUAAUGAUACUUCACAGCCAACUGGUUUCUUAGCGCAACCUAUGAAGCAGGCCUGGGCUACUGAUGAUGUGGCACAGAUCUAUGACAAGUGCAUUGCUGAUCUGGAGCAACAUAUGCAUGCUAUUCCACCUACGUUGGCUAUGAACCCUCAGGCCCAGGCCCUCCGUAAUCUUUUAGAAGCUGUAGUAAUGGCAAGAAACUCACGUGAUGCAAUUGCUGCACUCGGAUUGCUGCAGAAGGCUGUGGAAGGAUUGCUGGAUGCUACUAGUGGAGCAGACGCAGACCUCUUGCUUCGAUACCGAGAAUGUCAUCUUUUGGUAUUAAAAGCUUUACAAGAUGGACGUGCCUAUGGAGCGCAGUGGUGUAACAAACAAAUAACUAGGUGCCUGAUAGAGUGCAGAGAUGAGUACAAGUACAAUGUGGAAGCUGUGGAACUUUUAAUCCGAAAUCACUUGGUCAACAUGCCACAGUACGACUUGCACCUUGCUCAGUCUAUGGAGAAUGGGUUGAAUUAUAUGGCAGUUGCAUUUGCAAUGCAGUUGGUGAAGAUGCUGUUGGUUGAUGAACGAAGUGUUGGUCAGAUAACUGAAGCUGAUCUUUUUCACACCAUCGAAACCCUGAUGAGGAUAAAUGCCCACUCCAGAGGAAAUGCUCCAGAGGGAUUACCUCAGCUGAUGGAAGUGGUCAGGUCGAACUACGAGGCAAUGAUUGAUCGUGUACAUGGAGGGCCCAACUUCAUGAUGCACUCUGGGAUCUCUCAAGCCUCAGAAUAUGAUGAUCCUCCUGGGCUGCGUGAGAAGGCCGAAUACCUGCUUCGAGAGUGGGUUAACUUGUAUCACUCAGCUGCAGCAGGUCGUGAUAGUACCAAAGCAUUCUCAGCAUUUGUUGGACAGAUGCACCAGCAAGGGAUCCUGAAGACUGAUGAUCUGAUUACUCGUUUUUUCCGUCUGUGUACAGAAAUGUGCGUUGAAAUCAGCUACAGGGCACAUUCAGACCAACACAAUCCGGGUGCCAAUCCUACCAUGAUUCGUGCUAAGUGCUAUCACAACUUGGAUGCUUUUGUUAGGCUUAUUGCACUAUUGGUAAAGCACUCUGGUGAAGCCACCAACACUGUGACCAAAAUCAACCUGCUGAACAAGGUUCUUGGUAUUGUUGUAGGAGUCCUUUUACAAGAUCAUGAUGGUCGUCAGUGCCACAGCGAUUUCCAGCAACUCCCUUAUCACAGAAUUUUUAUUAUGCUGCUACUGGAGUUGAAUGCACCUGAACAUGUGCUGGAAACCAUCAACUUUCAGACACUUACAGCCUUCUGCAACACAUUCCAUAUUUUGCGGCCUACCAAAGCUCCUGGGUUUGUUUACGCUUGGUUGGAAUUGAUUUCACAUAGAAUAUUUAUUGCACGUAUGCUGGCACAUACACCACAACAGAAGGGCUGGCCCAUGUAUGCCCAAUUGUUGAUAGAUCUCUUCAAAUAUUUGGCUCCUUUCCUGAGGAAUGUAGAACUCAGCAAACCUAUGCAAAUUCUUUACAAGGGUAUUAUUGAUUAUCUUUCUACAACAGUUCUGUAUACCACGGUGUAUAUUGCUAGUAGUCGCUUGCAGGUGGACAUGCUCAGUGAGAUUAAUAUAGCUCCUCGUAUUCUUACUAACUUCACUGGAGUGAUGCCCCCUCAGUUCAAGAAAGACUUGGACUCUUAUCUGAAAACUCGGUCCCCUGUCACUUUUCUUUCCGAACUUCGUAGCAACCUGCAGGUUUCAAAUGAGCCUGGCAAUCGAUACAACAUUCAACUAAUUAAUGCACUGGUACUAUAUGUUGGUACUCAAGCUAUUGCACAUAUUCACAACAAAGGCAGCACUCCCUCCAUGAGUACCAUCACCCAUUCAGCCCACAUGGACAUUUUCCAGAAUUUAGCAGUGGACCUUGAUACAGAAGGGCGUUACCUUUUUUUGAAUGCAAUUGCCAAUCAGCUGCGUUACCCUAACAGUCAUACACACUAUUUCAGCUGCACGAUGCUCUACUUGUUUGCAGAAGCAAACACCGAGGCCAUUCAGGAGCAAAUUACCAGGGUUUUGUUGGAAAGACUAAUUGUAAAUAGACCACAUCCAUGGGGCCUUCUUAUUACAUUCAUUGAACUGAUCAAAAACCCAGCAUUCAAGUUCUGGAACCAUGAAUUUGUUCACUGUGCACCCGAGAUUGAAAAGUUAUUUCAGUCUGUUGCACAAUGCUGUAUGGGUCCGAAGCAGGCACAACAAGUAAUGGAAGGCACUGGAGCAAGCUGAAAGUUGUUGGUUGUGUGAUGAAGCUGUGAUAUCUUUACUUGACUGACUGAUCCCUUCCAGCGCUUCCGGUCCAUUUGGUGAUCUGCUUCUGGGACAGAUGACUCUUGAAGGAAGUUCCAUUUCAGCUGUGGAUAUUUUUGUAAUUUAAGUUUGACUGGCCAAAACAGAAGAUGCUGUGAAUAUAAUUUGAAGAUAACUGUAAAUAAUGAAUACCUAUCUGUGCAGAUUGUGUUCAUAAAUAAGAUAAUUGACUAUUGCCCACUCACUUUGUACAGAGGAGCAGCUGCUGAAACAGGCUGUGGCCCGGACAGAUGCCCUAAGUCUGCCAUGCUCAGAAUCCCAAAGAAUGUUUUGAAGGCCAUUUUCAGACAUGCGAUUUUGUCUUAUUGGAAAGUGAACUGAAUUUAUGACAUUUGACAGAGGAGUAUUUGGCAUGGGGUGGGGUAGGGUGGCAGUGCAGACUGCAAAAGAUUUUAUUUUGCUUUUGCUUUCUUUUGAUGGUUUGGCAAGUAGCUGACAAGCAGCCAUUUUGGAUGGAUGACAGUAACUGUUUUGAAGGAUCAUUGUUUUUAUUCUCUGGACAAAAAUAAGGGACAUUUUCCUGAUAUUUGUAAAUUGUAAAAUUAAUAAAGCCUGUAUGGCAGCACAGUCUGUUAAGUUUGUACAAAGAAUAAAGGACCAGUACACAUUUUUGUAAGAAUUUUGAAUGUUUUGUAAAUGUAUUGGUCCAUGUGCUGUAUUUUGUAGCCUUUCUAGGUUUUGACCCUUAGUUUUGCUGCUGUAUGUAUACAUACUGUAGUUGUAAAUUAAAAGUCAUGACCUGCCACAAUUUCAUCCUACUGUCCAUUUAUGUUCCUUUAUUUUCUUCACCAGGGCUCUGUGAAAAAGAAGCCAAAGCAAUUUUUGCCCUGGUAUGUAAAGUUUAAAUAAAUUUGGAACAGAAAUUCA